CCGGAUCUCUUGUUACGGCCGCCAUUUUAAUACUCGGGUCGGACCGCGUAGUCAGUCAAUCUCUUUCCUUUGCGUCGGUGUCCGCGCGCUUUUUUUUUUCCCCCGCUCCCCCCUUUUUCGGCCCGUUCCCACUAUGGAGGAGAACACCGACUACGGCAGUAGCAACAACAACAACAACACAAGCUCCGGCGGUGGCGGCGGCGGCCAGGAAGAGUUCGCCGAAGGCUCGAAGAUCAACGCCAGCAAGAACCAGCAGGAUGACGGUAAAAUGUUCAUUGGUGGACUAAGCUGGGAUACGAGCAAAAAAGACUUGACCGAGUAUUUGUCUCGCUUUGGCGAAGUGGUGGAUUGCACAAUAAAAACAGAUCCUGUCACAGGGAGGUCAAGAGGGUUUGGGUUUGUGCUUUUCAAAGAUGCUGCCAGUGUGGAGAAGGUCUUGGAAUUGAAAGAACACAAAUUGGAUGGCAAGUUAAUAGAUCCCAAAAGGGCAAAAGCUCUGAAAGGGAAAGAGCCACCAAAAAAAGUGUUUGUUGGUGGACUGAGUCCGGAUACAUCUGAAGAACAAAUCAAGGAGUAUUUUGGCGGUUUUGGAGAGAUUGAGAAUAUAGAGCUUCCCAUGGACACAAAAACAAACGAAAGGAGAGGUUUCUGCUUCAUCACAUACUCGGAUGAAGAACCAGUAAAGAAAUUGCUGGAAAGCAGAUACCAUCAGAUUGGUUCUGGCAAGUGUGAGAUCAAAGUAGCACAGCCCAAAGACGUAUAUAGGCAGCAACAGCAGCAACAAAAGGGAGGCAGAGGUGCUUCAUCUGGUGGGCGUGGGGGAUCCAGAGGACGUGGCAGGGGUCAAGGCCAAAAUUGGAAUCAAGGGUAUAACAAUUACUAUGAUCAAGGAUAUGGAAGCUACAACAGUCCUUACAGUGAUCAAAGCUACAGCAGCUAUGGGGGAUAUGAUUAUUCUGGGUACAAUUACCCAAGUUACGGCUAUGGCCAGGGAUAUGCUGACUACAGUGGACAGCAAAGCACAUAUGGAAAGGCAUCCCGAGGUGGCGGUAAUCACCAAAACAACUACCAGCCAUAUUAAAGAAAUACUUGGGAAGAAACAGGUAGAGACUACAGCAAAGCCAUCUUGCAGAAGUUUAAAGGACUUGACUGGAGGGUAGUCUUCGUGACAUGAAAUUGUUUUGUAAAAGACUUUUAGUGUAUGACACAGCAGUGUCUAACUGUACAUAGUGACCGGCUAGUUUUCUUUAUGGUUUUUACUUUUUUGUCCUUUUGUCAUCUGUGUUACGAUGCCAAUGUGGUUCUUGUGUUUAUACAAUUUUAUUUGUAUUUCCUGUUGAAUGACUCAAAUAAAAAAAACUUACCUUCUGUGACUGUUGCAUUUCGAGGUUGUGCUCUUGGCACUGCUGUAUAGGAGCAGAGGUGGACAGUUUUUGAGACUCUCGUCGCCAUGCUUCCAACAGAUGCUGGGACUUGCAGGGUCAGCAGCACUGGAGUGUGCCGUGAUAUGUACCUGGAUUUAGAAAAUUGCAGUGAGGAGGCUGCAAAGAUAGAACGAUAUUUCAACAGUAGUGUCCUGUGUUGUAAUGCCUUAUGAUUUGUUAUAAUUUUGUUAACUGCUGGGAAUCUUCAGUAUAGAAAUGUUAAUAAAUAAAUUUUCAUGCAUUGAAAU